AAUAGGAGUGUCCGAGUAAGCAUCGAUCAUAGCACCCAAUUCACAAUAGCUAGCCUCUAGCCAUGGCUCUCCUUGUGCCAUUACUGGUGCUGCUUCUCUUCUCUAGCUCCUGUGGUACAUCAUCAUCUCUUGACAUUUCCCAUGGAACAACCGCAGCCAGCGUGGGCGAGGAGCUCAACUACUACGUCGUCGUGGAAACUACCUCGCUGGAGCCGAGCCCCGUCUGCCAAGGUCACAGGGUGAGCCCAUCGGCCAGCGGCAGCGGCAACCUUACCGGCGGCGCCUGGGUGCCGCUGAGCCAUCCUAAUGGUCCGUGCUCCGAGGCAGGGAACAGUGGCGCGCCGUGGUCAUCCGCGGCCGAGACGCUCCAGUGGGACCAGCACCGCGCCGGAUACAUCCAGAGGAAGCUCUCCGGCGAUGAGCCCGCCGGCGACGACGACGAACCGCCCCUUCAGCAACCCCAGGCAUCCGGGGUCACUAGCGAGCCCGCCGCAAAGUUUGCUCUGCCAGCUGGAAAUCAGGGGAAGUCCGAGGUCACUCCGACGGCCACGGUCGGCGGGGGCAGUCUGCCCGGAGUGACCCAACACAUGGUGAUCGACACGGCCAGCGACGUGCCGUGGGUGCAGUGCGCGCCCUGCCCAAAGCCGCAGUGCCACCCUCAGACGGACGCCACGUACGACCCAAGCAAGUCCACCACCUAUGCUCCCUUCCCUUGCAGCUCGCCCGUCUGCCGCCAGCUCGGCCCGUACGCCAACGGCUGCACCGGCGCCGGCAACACCGGCCAGUGCCAGUACCGCGUCCAGUACCCCGACGGAUCAUCCACCUCCGGCACCUACAUCUCCGACGUGCUAACAAUCACCCCCACCCCCGCCGGCAUGGUCAGCGGCUUCCGCUUCGGGUGCAGCCACGCCCUGCAGCGACCCGACCUCUUCAGCAACACCACCGCCGGGAUCAUGUCGCUCGGCCGGGGCGCGCAGUCGCUCUCGUCGCAGACCAAGGGUACCUACGGCCACGUCUUCUCCUACUGCGUCCCGCCGACGUCGAGCCACACCGGCUUCUUCGUCCUCGGCGUCCCGAGGAUCGCCGCCUCCAAGUACGUGCUCACGCCCAUGCUCAAGAGCAAGAUGGUCCCGUCCAUGUACCUCGUGCGCCUCCGCGGCAUCGACGUAGCCGGUCAGCGCGUCGCCGUGCCUCCCAUGGUAUUUGCAGCCGGCGCGGUGAUGGACUCCCGCACCGUCAUCACGCGCCUCCAGCCGACCGCGUACCGCGCGCUGCGCGACGCCUUCAGGGCCCAGAUGGGCGCGUACCGCGUCGCACCGCCCAAGGGCCAGCUUGACACCUGCUACGACUUCACCGGCGUCCGCACCCUCAGGCUGCCCAAGAUCUCGCUUGUGUUCGACAGCCGGAGCAACAGCGGCGCUGCCGUGGAGCUGGACCCGUCGGGGGUGCUGUUCAACAGCUGCCUCGCGUUCGCGUCCACCGGCGCCGGCGACGGAUCCACCGGUGUCAUCGGCCACGUCCAGCAGCGGACGAUCGAGGUGCUCUACAACGUCGGCGGCAGCGCCGUCGGGUUCCGCCGUGCCGCGUGCUGAGCUACACAGCGCGCGUUCAGCCUACCUACCUACUACGUACCUACCAUCGUUUGGGUUCUUGGGUAAUAUCCCUAUUGGGCCUUUCACCUAUGGCCGACAAAUAAGCCGAUUUGACAAGUGUUUUGUGUGCCGUAUUUCCCGUUACCAAUAUUUUGUGUGCCUUUAUCGAUUGUAAAAGCUUUACUUAUUGUGCGAAAUGAAGGUUGAGAAUUAUUUUC